UCCUAUUGGCUAUUUGUUGCAAGAGUGAUUUUAUUUGACCAAUAGUGAAUAAUUAAAAUGGCAAUUUCUUAGUGCUAAAACAUAAAACUGACGAAGCGCCUUGUCACUUCGUAAAAUCAAAACUAUUUUUGAUGUCAAAUGUAAAGAAAUAGGAUCCCAUGCUUGAAAUAAUUUAUGUAAGAAAAUAUUAACAACCGUUUAUUAAUGAAUUGGUGAUUAAAAUUAAAAAAGCAAGGAACCAAAUACAGGUACAAAAUGCGGAUAACAUUUCUAUUGAUUGGAUUUCUCUGCGGAAUACAGUUUGUUUAUGGUUUUGAAGACACUACUCUGGAAGAUGAUGAUUUUGCUGAAUUUGAACAGUUUGAUGCUGAAGAUGAUACACCCGUAAAUGAUUAUACAGAAGAAGUACCUGAUGUGCUGUCACAAAAAGUGAAACCACCACCUAAAGAAUUUGAGGCUGUGGUUGAAAUUGAAGAUGAAAUAAUAUUAGAGGAUGAGGACAAUGAAUUUGAGCAUUUCCAAGACCCUGAGGAGUUUGAAGGGUUCCAGGAAACCACUCCUCGUACAAUGGAACAACCAAAGAUUACUAUUUCUAAGGUUCCUAUAACGGCUCGACCUCGCUGGGAUGCGUACUGGCUGGAGGGCAUACUCUGCUGUCUGCUGGCGUCGUACGCGCUCGCCUAUGCCAUUGGUCGCGCCAAGAACACGUCUAUAGCCGUGAACUUUCUGAAGCUACACAAACCGCUUCUGGAGGAGAAUUUCACUCUAGUCGGCGAGACUGGCGCGGAGGUGGUGAGCGGCGCGGACGAGCGCGGCUGGAGGCGCGAGGCGGAGCACUGCUUCACGAUGUGGUGCAGCGGCCGCAGCUGCUGCGAGGGCAUGCUGCUCACGCUCAAACUCAUCAAGCGGCAAGACCUCGUCCACGUGCUGCUGGGCGUGGUGCGGCCCACUCCGGACACGCUGCAGAUCCGCAUAGAGCUGGGCAAAGACGAUAUGGAUCCCUUCGUGUUCUGUAUCGCUCAGAAGAAGAUAGCCGCGAAGCUCGCCAGGGAAAUGCACGAUUUGAGCGUGUACUGCGGCGAGCGGCGCGCGGGCGAGCGGCUGGGCGUGCCGGGCGCGCUGAGCGUGGUGGCGGAGUGCGCGGAGCCGGGCGCGGCGCUGCUGGACGCGCGCGUGUGCGCCGCGCUGCAGCUGCACCACCGCCACCUGCUCUACCUGCACCUCUCCGACAAGUACGCCGGGCCCAAGCACCUCGAGGAGACGGCAUCAACGAAGCCCCCGGAGACGGAGCGCGUGAUGCUGGUGAGCCUGGCGCUGGGCCCGGACGGCGGCGGGGACGAGCUCCGCCCGCUGCUGCAGCUCGUCUUCUACAUCCUCGACAAGCUCAAGAGGUUCAAGCUCAGCAAAGAGGCGUUAGCUAAGUGCGAGAAGCGUCGUCAGAAGGUGGCGGAGGCCUGGCUCCGAGGAGCGCACGCUGCCAGACAAGAGCAGGCCGCUCUGAGGCGGGAGGAAAAACGGAAACAAGAAAAGGAACGCAUACUCGCAGAAGACGACCCAGAGAAACAGCGUCGUUGGGAAUUAAAAGAGCAAAAGCGCCAACAGAAACGAAAAACUCCCAAAAUGAAACAAUUGAAAGUGAAGGCGCUGUGAAUAAUUUUUAAGCAUCAAGUCAAAAUGCAAUAAUACUUAUAUACAAAUAUUGUUUUUUUUUGUUAUUAUUAUUCUGUAAGCGUUAAGCAUACUCAGAAAGUGCGAAUAAAUUAAUUUUAUCCUUG